AUGGCGGACGAGCACAGUCACGCUCCCUCCAUCAAUCAGGCGGAAAUUUUAGCAAUCAACGAGGCCCUCAGGGCCGAGAAUCAAAAAAUGGCUGAGCUCCUGCGACAGAUGGGGCACGACCGAAGCAAGGGAGAACACAAGAGUGCCGAAAAUAAGGACAAUGAUGACGAGCACACCUCGGAAACCAAACACAUCAUCCCCAAAACCACCAAAACGACCACCAAAAAAAGAACCAACCCCUUCGCCAAAGAAGUCAUGAGUUUUGAAAUGCCUCAGAAUUUCACCUUACCGUCAACCUUAAAACCCUACAAUGGAAUAGGAGAUCCGAAUGUCCACGUCACCAAGUUCCAGGCCAUGAUGUUCAUGAAUAAGGAUUCUGACCCGAUCUUAUGCCACACAUUCCCAACUUUCCUAGAUGGAGCCGCUCUGAUUUGGUUUUCCAACCUCCCUAAAGGCUCCAUUUCUAACUUCGACGAACUAGCAGCCCAGUUCGUCAACCACUUCGCCGCAUCUAAAAUAUAUGUCCAUAACUCCGACUACCUAAGCACCAUCAAGCAGGGACCGAACGAAAGCCUAAAAGACUACAUGACUAGGUUUGCCGAAGCAACCAACGAGAUACCUAACCUAAACCCCGAAGUCCAUCUCCACGCCUUAAAGAGCGGCCUUCGGCCAGGGAAAUUCCAAGAAUCCGUAGUCAUUGCAAAACCAAAAACCUUGGCCGAGGUGGAAGAAUUCCGGGCACUGCGAAGAGCAGAUAAGCCUAUCCCAAGCAGAGACGAGGAAAGGGAGGACAUAAUAAAGGACAUAUUGCACUCAAAACUUAUCAAACCCCCAAAUAGGGCCGGUACUUAUCAAGACCAGCAUUAUUUGGACAAAUCAAAGUAUUGUGCCUUCCACCAGAAGUACGGCCACACCACGGAUGACUGCGUAAUAGCCAAGGACGUCCUCGAAAAGCUCGCCCGCCAAGGGCUACUAGGCAAGUACAUUUCCAGCCGAGGAAGGAAGCGAAGCACAGACGAUCUCGGCCAACAAUCCAAACCGACUGACAAUUCCCGAGAUAAAGGGAAAAAGGUAGAUAACGAUAUCAAUCCACCCCGCAGAAUAAUAAACCGUAUUUCUGGUGAUUUUGCAGGUGGCGGAUGCACAAACUUGGCACGAAAAAGGUCGUACCGAACUAUGAUGACGAUGACAGAAACCACCACGUCCCAACCAGUCGAGAAGGACAAGCCAGAAAUCUCAUUCGUCCCGAAAGACUAUAAAGCAAAUGACCGGAACUUAGAUGACCCGGUUGUCAUCACAGCACAAGUCGGGGAGCCAUUAGUAAGGAAGAUCCUAAUGGACUCAGGAAGCAGCGCCGACGUACUUUUCUACUCAACUUUCCAAAAGAUGAAACUCAGCGACAAGAAUCUCCAACCCUCUUCCGAAGAACUGGUAGGUUUCUCAGGUGAGCGUGUCUUCAUUCGAGGUUACAUCUGGUUACAAACCACCUUCGGAGAAUACCCCAACAGUAAAACAAUAGAUAUACAAUAUCUUGUUGUAGACUGCAGAAAUCCAUAUAACAUCAUUUUAGGCAGACAAUCCUUGAACGCAUUCAAUGCUAUUGUUUCUACUGUGCAUUUGUGUGUUAAGUUUCUUUCACAGGACAACAAAGUCAUUACCAUCCACGGAGACUAG